UAUUCUACUUUUACUUUCUAUUGCUUGUCAUCAUUGAGUGUGCUACUACGCAUGUAAUUAGAAUUAUGGGCAAUGGAGGAACGAGGGAUCCGAUGCUUCUCAGCAGUCACCACGGUCACGCCGCUGACACCAAGGCGCUGCAGUCCAUCCGUUGUGUUCUCAAAGACAAUCACAGUCAUGGAGGUGUAGAAGAGAUUGCGGAGGCGAUCAUCUUUUGAACAUUUCUCCUUUGGAGGAACAAGUAACAGGAAACAAAUGGCGGAGGCUGUUGUGUCCUUUGCUGUGGAAAGGCUAGGUGACCUGUUGAUUCAAGAGGCGAGUUACUUACAUGGGGUGAGCGACAAAGUUACUGAAAUUCAAGCUGAGCUAAGGAUGAUGCGAUGCUUUCUAAGAGAUGCAGAUGCAAGACAAUAUGAAAAUGAGGUUAUUCGCAAUUGGGUUGCAGAAAUCAGAGAGGCAGCUUAUGAUACCGAGGACAUCAUAGAGACUUUUGCCUCCAAGGCUGCGCUGAGGAGCAAGAGAAGCGGCCUCCAACACAAUCUCAAGAGGUAUGCUUGCUUCUUAUCAGAAUUUAAAGCAUUCCAUGAGGUUGGGACAGAGAUUGGCGCCAUAAAAAGCAGAAUCUCCCGUCUGACUGAAAAUUCACAAAGCUAUAACUUGAGGAGCAUAGCAGAAGGAGAAGGCUCUGGUUUCAGAACCAAGAGCCAACAAUUGCCUAGGCAGACUUACUCCCACGAUGUCGAUGAAGAUACGGUUGGGGUGGAGGAUAGCAUGGAGAUUUUGCUGGAACAGUUGAUGAAACCAGACAAGGGAGGGUCGGUUGUUUCCAUAUACGGUAUGGGCGGUCUGGGAAAGACCACUCUUGCCAAGAAGGUUUAUCAUCAUGCUCAAGUUAGGCGUCAUUUUGACCAUGUUGCUUGGAGUUCCAUAUCUCAAUACUUCAACGUCAGAGAUGUUGUACAAGGAAUAUUGAUCCAACUCACUUCUGCUAAUGAAGAGCACAAAACGAAAAUCCGCAACAUGAGGGAUGAGGAGCUAUUCGAGAGCGCGUAUAAAAUUCAAGAGGAGAAGAAAUGUCUUGUGAUUCUGGAUGAUAUGUGGAAAAUAGGAGACUGGGAGAGUCUAAAACCUGCCUUUCCACUGCAUAAGGCGGGUAGCAAAAUACUGCUCACCACUCGGAUCCAAGCAGUGGCUUCACAUGCGGAUCCACUACAAGGCUUUUUGUACCAACCAGGGCUUUUAUCUGAGGAGAAGAGUUGGGAGCUUCUUCGAACCAAAGCAUUCCCCAGAGAUGAUAGGAGAGAUCCUACCACUAUUAACAACAGGGAGUUAUUGGGAAAGGAAAUGGCUAAAUAUUGUGGUGGUUUGCCGCUGGCUGUUGUUGUGCUUGGAGGACUUCUGGCUACAAAACACCAUACCUAUGAAUUGGAAAGGAUUCAUAAACAUACUAAAUCAUACUUGAGAAGAGGUAAAGACAAAUGCGAGCAACAAGGUAGUCGUGUGUCGAGUGUGUUGGCUCUAAGCUACCAAGAUUUGCCAUACCAAUUAAAGUCAUGUUUCCUCUAUUUGGGCCAUUUCCCCGAGGACCACGAAAUACAUACAAAAGCUUUGGUACGAAUGUGGGUGGCUGAAGGGAUUGUAUCACGAGUGGGAGAAGAAACAUCGGAGGAUGUUGCAGAAGGGUAUCUAGAUGAGCUAAUUGGAAGGUGUAUGGUUCAAGUAGGAAGAAGGGAUUCAAACGGAAGAGUCCAAACUUGCCGAUUGCAUGACCUUAUGCGAGAUUUAUGCUUGUCAAAAGCAGAGGAAGAAAAUUUUCUUGAGAUUGUCAAUCUUCAACAGAUGGAGACAUUUUCAUCUUCCAUGCCAACAACACGCACUUCAAAUAAAGUCCGAAGACGUGCCAUAUUUCUGGAUCGACGCCGUCCUUUAGAGAGUAUUGAAGAGGCUAGACAACUCUCUGAAAAUGGAGAUGAAGAUGCUAAUGUCUAUGUCAAUUUUAUCCCACAAAACGGUACAUACCUUCGGUCUCUUCUAACAUUCGAUACACAAUAUUCAUCGAUAAUCCCCAAGGUGCUGAGAAAUACCGACUGGAAGAACUUCAAAUUAUUAAGAGUGUUAAGUCUUGAGGAACUUCUAUUGGAAGAAAAUAUACCAGAGGCAUUAGGCAACCUCAUACACUUGAAGUACUUAAGUUUAAAAAGUGCUUCUCUGCCAAGCUUCCCAUCCUCUACAAGAAAUUUAGGUUGUAUCCAAACAUUGGAUUUGCGGUUUUAUAGUGCCGCCGACGCUGAUCAACCGAUAAAUUGUUUUGGAUUACAUAAAGUGAUAGGUAGGAUGAAAUGUCUAAGGCAUCUCUACCUUCCUAUGUAUCUUAAGGUUGAUGAUAGCAAGGUGCAAUGGGACAACCUAAGCAACUUGGAGACACUAAAAAACUUUGAUGGAGAACAUUGGGAGGUACAAGAUUUGGCCCAGUUGACCAAGCUUCGAAAAUUGAAGAUAAGAAAUGCCAAAAGCUUUGAAGAGUUGGUGAUAAUCCUCAAACCCUCCUGUUCCAUUUCAAACAACCUUGAGUCCUUGUAUUUGGAUAAAGUAAGGGCCACCAUGGAAGAAACAGAUCUGAGGCAAUUAUCGAUAUGUCAACAUCUUUAUAAGCUUUUCCUAGGAGGAGAAAUAAACAAACUCCCUGGGCACCAUCACUUGCCUCCGAACCUCACCAAGUUAACCUUGUGCGGGUCUUACCUAAGACAGGAUCCGAUACCAAUUCUGGAGAGGCUUCUUAACUUGACAGCCCUGUGCUUAUGGUCUAAUUUUUACUUAGGGGAGGAAAUUGUUUUCUCUGCAAAUGGGUUCCCUCGACUCACAUUUCUGGGGCUCUCCUUUGACUAUGCCAUAAAAUUGUUGUGGGUGGAUAAAAGUGCAAUGCCUAGUCUAAAGCAUUUAUCAAUUCAGAGGUGCACAUCAUUGGCAAUGGUUCCUGAAGGGCUGAGAUAUAUCACUACGCUUCAAAUAUUGGAAAUUUUUAAUAUGCCCAAAGAAUUCAUACAGAGGCUUCAAGUGAUAAAUGGAAUAGAAGGGGAGGAUUUCUACAAAGUCCGGCACGUGCCCUCCGUCUCAUUAAUUGUUGAAGAUGAAUCUUCCUAAGGAGAAGCAGAAACCCCUGAAGAAAAACUUGGGUUACAGAUUCCGGCCAACGCGUAUGGAUUAUGGAGAAGUGAUGGUAAAUGGCAAUUGUUACUUGUUAGCAAGCCGCCUAGUUGGAAUAAUGGCGGAGUCCUCCACCUUUCACUGAAUCAUGCAUGUCAUACAUCCUGGAUGCGGCUCCGUUACCGUCUUAUCAAGUAGAUUAAGUGCGCUACUACAUGAUAUUAGACUUAUUAUGAUCUGAAAACAAAUAUUUUUGUUUGUUUCUUUUUAAUUGGUGUUUAUGACUGAAUCCAU